AAAGAAAAAUUUGGGGGGCAAAGUUGAAAUGCGAAUAACAAAAAUAAGUAAAUAAAUAAAUAAAAAUAAUUAAUCAUAUAUCCUUCCCGGGUUCCCUCCUUAUCCAUUUUGCUUCCACACUCAGAAGCUUUCGGAAGCUGCUCUCCAAUGGCUUCUCCUGCUCCGGCGCUCCAUUUCCUUUGCAGUUGCAGGGAAAAACCUAAUCCUCUUCUCUCUCACCGUCCUCAUCCCUUCACCCACCACAAUCCGAAGGUGAUGCCGUCCAUUUCCCUCACCAGGUGCGCGUCGGAUGCAGCCCAAUCCGACAUACCAGAACCGGCCACGUCCACGAACAGCCCGGAGACGUUCCCGAUCGAGAAGCGCAGGAGGUCGGAGAUCGUGAGGGAGCGGAAGCCCAAGACGCUGACGAAGACGGAGCCGCCCAACUUCGAGAUGGGGUGGAAGAGGACGAAGGAGAUAGUGACGGAGAAGCCCAAGGGGUACGUGAUAGCGGACUUCCUGGAGAAGCUGGAGGGGCUGAUGGGGAGGGAGUUCGGGUCGGUGGACCUGCUGGCGAAGGCAGGGGAGGUGGUGGCGGAGAGGGCGAGGGAGGAGGCGGAGGUACUGAGGGACGACGGGGAGGUGGAGGAGAGGAUGGUGACGGAGCUGUUCAGGGUGCUGAGGCUGAUGGAGAUGGACUUGGCCAUGGUCAGGGCCUCCGUCAAGGAGGAGACGCUCGAGGAACGGCUCGAGCAGGCCAAAGCCCGCUGCCGGCAGGCCAUCCUCGUCGCUAACUCUUUCUGAAUCCAUCGAAAUAGUUCGAAAUUCAAUAUGGUCUUCCAUUUUUUACCCGAUUAUUUUGCGAUGCAAAUGAUGGAAGUAAAUUUCAAGAAUGUACAUGGAACCUCGGUUAUCAUCGCGUGGUUCGCAAAGCGGAUUCGGGACUUGUUCGAGGUCUCAUUGUUGAUCGGGGUGAGUGGCGGAUCCAGGACCGAUAGUUAGGGGGUGCCAAAAAUUCUGCAAAUAAAAAGGCAACUUAAGAUUUGGUAA